AGAUGGAUGCUGAAGUGACCCAGGAGCACCUCGGGAUGCAGUUGACUUACAUGGAUGAUUUCUUGACGCGAAGUUUCAGGCAGAGAAUCCUGCAGCUAGACACAAAAUGGGAGAAAAGUGACGUUUCCAAUAUGUCUGUAAUAGAAGAUGUCCACGGGAGAGCCAUCAAGGAACUCUGGCAAUCACUUACUCGAGACUUGAGAAUGGAAGGGACAUUACUUCUUGAUAAUCUUGAACAACAAGGUGCCCUAUCAGCAGCCGGUAGGGCCAGUAUCCUUGCCUCCUCUGGCAACCAGAAACAAAAUCGUUCCUUUUUGAAGUUUUGUAAUACAUUUUCAUCUUCAAAAUUUAAGUCAGCGGUUAUCCCAGCAAUGAAAGAAAGCAAAGAUUCCACAAACUAUCAGUUGGCGUGCGACAUGGAAGACGCAAUGUCACGCUAUGAAACAGAUGGAAAAAACAAAUCCAUCUGUUCAUAUUGUAAGAUGAAGGACAAAGUAAACCUCCGAAGAUUGGCAGACGCACUCAUGGAAUACAAAUCUAUAAGUGUCCCAACAUAUGAGGAUUUAGCUUCAUCAUCCCUCAGUCACGAGGAUAAGUGGGAAACAAUUAGAAAGAUGCGGAAACCGAAAUCGUUUUCGCGUGCAUUAAAAAAGAAAUAUCAAGAAUUAUAUUUUGAGAUAAAAUGGAAUCCUGAAGCCCUAAUGCUAGGGUGUGUGUGUACAACAGGCACUGAGACCGCUACCGAAGAAGAUAUGGAGGUUGACAAAGUGUCAGAUAUUGCACGAAUGUCAGAUUUCUCAGGCGACACUGAUUCCACCCCCAAACCGAAGGUAAACAUUGAUUCCGGCUCGUUCCGAAAACCGCGGGUGAAGUGAUUUCAAUUCUGGGUAUGGAAUUCUGAGUUGGAUAUUGGGCCAUGUUCAGAUAUAUCCAUGUCUGAUCAAUAUUUGUCAAAAAGCCAAUUUCUUUCCACUCAUUUACUCCACUGAGUUAAAGAUAAGAGAGACCAGUGACAGAUUCAGAGUGACAAAACACUCUCCACAAGACGUGUGACAAAAGGAAUGAAUUCAACUUUCCAAUGCUCCAAGAGCUCCUGCCUUUGGUGUCUACAUUUCACAACUUUUGAGAUACAAUCGAACAUAGACUUUCUGCGAAGAUUUCAAAGAUCGUCUGAUCAAGCUUAAACACAAGGGCUUAGUAAGAAACUUUCUACAAGUGGAAGCCUCAAGUUAUUUCGAGCAUGCUCUUUCUACCAAGAUUUCAAACAGCGUCAUAUAUACUCUUGCUACAAAGUUGUGUGAUCCAGGUUACAACAUUCAAUGCCUCAGUGAAGCAUUAUGGCACAAUACAGGAUUACAAAAAUGAUGUGCGUAACUCUCUAUAGUGACAUGAACCGUAUGUUUCCCGUGUUUGUCAACAAAUUGACUUGCCUUUGCAUGUGUUUUCGACGGGUGCCACCGAUGGGGCAGGAUACGCUCACCUGUCAGCGAACACAUUGUAUCAUCACUAUUUUGGGGUGAUUCAUAAACUCAUGCUCAUGAUACAGUCGGAAUCAUACAAUCGACUCUGCUUUUAACAUAUAUUCCUUUUGUCUGUGGACAGGUUGUUGUCGCUUUUAUCAUGAUGAUUUUUAUAUACAGUCCGCUUGGCUCCAAACCUUCUUCUUGUGGCGGCAUAUCAUGGUAUUCAUCUUCAAUAUAUUUACAGUUUUCGGACAAACAGAAAUAACAGUUCAUUAUGUGUGGUAAAACUGUGUCUCCCAAGUUUCAGAUUUAAACGGAAGUUAUGACAUAGACACUUCGUAAUAUAUAUCUUAACGUAAUGUGGAAUGUCAUAUGUUAAAAAUGUUCUGUGUUCAAUAUAGAAUUGUACUGGACAUAGUAAUUACAUUGCGUAGAACAUUCCAUUAAAGAAUGCCAUUUUUAUACAGCUUAUCUAAUAGACUUUGCUGAACUUUGCUGAAAUUCAUUUAGGAAUAAUGUUAUAACUGCCGAUUUCUUGCUGUCACCAGGCCAGUCCCAAAUCUAACCUGAACAAAAUGUUUUAAAAUGAUGUAGAGGGAGUCUAUCAAACUCACCAAGUACUAUAUUAUUAGGUGUAUUUUUAUAGAGUGGAAGAUACCGUUUACAGAAUUAAUUUGUUGUACAAUGUUCAGCUCCGUAACACAAGACCGGAAUGACUACACUCUCAAAUGUUCUAACAUUUUAGAUGACAUACUUGAUUUGGCCAAUUUUGAAAAGUCUUCACAUAUUAUUUAAAUGAUUCUUGUUUUAUAAUUUAUUGCAAACAUUUUGUAACGAUACAUUGUAUAUGAUUGUCAAUUUUUGGUUUCGCCUUACCCUUUUGUAUGCCAUGUUGUAUGUCCUGACUUAUUAUAUAUGCAUCCUCUUGGGAUUCCCUAACGGUUGCCUAAAGAGCUUGUAAAUACAGCGACAUUAUAGCUUCCCCUUCUGUGAUGCAAAAUGAAUAUAUAUUUCUUAAA